ACCAUGCCAUCAUCGCCAUCUCCAACUACAGACUUCACAUCAAAUUCAAAGACUCCGUCAUCAACGUUCCUCUGAGGCUGAUUGAGAGCGUUGAGAGCAGAUAUGUUUCAGCUGCACAUCAUCUGCAAAGACUCCAAAGUAGUGAGGUGUCAUUUCUCGACGUUCAAGCAGUGUGAGGAGUGGCUGAAGCGCUUGAACGGAGCGAUCGCACAUCCGGCCCGUCUGGAGGAGCUGUUUGCGCUGGCGUAUCACGCCUGGUGUUUGGGAGGAAACACGGAUGAUGAAGACCAGCACCUGCACCUGUGCAGACCAGGAGAUCACGUGCGGCACAGGAUGGAGGUGGAGGUGAAGCGGAUGGGAUUCGACAUGCAGAACGCCUGGAGAGUGUCUGAUAUCAACAGCAACUACAAGUUGUGUUCGAGUUACCCACAGAAACUGCUGGUGCCCGUCUGGAUCACAGAUAAGGAGCUGGAGAGCGUGGCCUCCUUCAGGUCCUGGAAGAGGAUUCCUGUGGUGGUGUACAGGCACCAGCGUAACGGGGCGGUCAUCGCCCGCUGCAGUCAGCCGGAGAUCAGCUGGUGGGGCUGGAGGAACACUGAGGACGAGUAUCUGGUGACGUCUAUAGCGAAGGCCAGUCAGCUGGACGCCGGGCCGCGGGCCUGCAGGACCAGAGGAGACGGACCGGACUCGUCCGACAGUGACUUCGACUCAUCUCUGACAGGUUGUCCCUCUCCUGAUGCCAGCGGCGCGGCACAAAAAUUACUGAUUCUGGAUGCGCGUUCUUACACCGCCGCCGUGGCGAAUCGUGCCAAAGGAGGAGGCUGCGAGUGUGAAGAGUACUAUCCCAAAUGUGAGGUGAUGUUCAUGGGCAUGGCCAACAUCCACUCCAUCAGAAACAGCUUUCAGUCUCUCAGAGCCGUCUGCAGUCAGAUCCCAGAUCCUGGCAACUGGCUCUCGGCUCUGGAAAGCACCCGCUGGCUGCAGCACCUGUCCGUCAUGCUGAAGGCGGCGUCUCUGGUGUGCUCUGCGGUGGAGCGAGAGGGACGGCCGGUGCUGGUGCACUGCUCAGACGGAUGGGACCGGACGCCGCAGAUCGUGGCCCUCGCAAAGAUCCUUCUGGAUCCCUUCUACAGGACCAUAGAGGGUUUUCAGGUGCUGGUGGAGACCGAGUGGCUGGAUUACGGUCAUAAGUUUGCGGACCGCUGCGGUCAUCAGGAGAGCGGUGAGGAUGUGAGUGAACAGUGUCCCGUGUUCCUGCAGUGGCUGGACUGUGUUCAUCAGCUCCUCAAGCAGUUCCCCUGCCUCUUCGAGUUCAACGAGGCCUUUCUGGUGAAGCUGGUUCAGCACACGUACUCCUGUCUGUACGGCACCUUCCUGUGCAAUAACGCGAAAGAGCGCGAGGCCCGUAACGUGUAUAAACGCACCUGCUCCGUCUGGUCGCUCCUGCGAAACGGAAACAAGAACUUCCAGAACUUCCUCUACAUCCCCUGCCAUGACACGGUUUUGCAGCCGGUCUGUCACACGCGAGCGCUGCAGCUGUGGACAGCUGUGUAUCUGCCGUCGUCCUCGCCGUGCACCGCGGCUGAAGAUGCAGUGGAGCUCUACCUGAGCCCUUCGGCCGGAGGAGAGGAGUUCAGCUCGCGCUCCCUCGACAGGCUCCCCAAAACACGGUCCAUGGACAACUUGGUGUCUGCUUGUGAGAACGGCGUGACGCUCACCCGCACCUCGAGUGACCCCAACCUGAACAAGCACUGCCAGGAGGGACGUCCGGCGCUGGAGUCCAACCAACCCGCGGUCAUCCAGAGCGACGCUUCGCCCGAGGACCCACCGCUCGCCGGAUCCAUCAGCGCUGAGCCGACGUCUGACGAAGAGAGUUCUUCAAUAACUCAUGAGGACGAUUUGAGGGCGGAGCCUUGUUUGACAACCCAGCCUCCGUCGUAUUUGCCCCACCCCUUAGCAGUGGAUCAAGCCCCGCCCCUUCCGGUUAUAAACCAAGCUCCGCCUCAAAUCCCAAUUUGUUUACUGCAGGAAGUCAGGACUGCAGAAAACACGACUCCACCUCCUCUUUGUAACGGGUUUGAAAACGCUAGCGGAUCUGUGAGCUCUGAAGCGAUCGCGCCAUUGGAGGCAUCAGUGGAGACGCUAACGGAGCAAAGCGCGGUCCCUGCUUCUGGGAAAGCCAGUGCCGUCGAAUCGCACCUUCCUUUUGAAGCGCAAUUACGAAACGGCGAACUGGUUCCCGCGAGAGAACGUCCACCACCCGCCGACUACGCCAAAGCAGCACGGCGUUUGAUUUCCCAAAGCCAGCUGACGGAGCUAUCGCUGCUCGGUUCCCAGUGGGACAGCGUCCAAGGCCUGGUGCAGUCGGCCUGCGGCGGCGCCAUCCAACACGGCAGCUAUCACAGCCGCCGCCUGGCGAACAAGCUCCUCCGCGCCCACACCGGAAGCGCUAACGGCGGGCCGUGCUGCCCUCGUCGAGACCCUCUGCGCGCUCCUGGGAGCCCCAUCCAGUCCGGCUGGUUCUCUGCGGUGAGGAACUCCAGCUACGCCGCGCUUUGUUCCUCGGCCGCGUCUUCGCUAGCAAUGGGGCCGUCCUUCCGGCAGCUUCUUCUGCCCCAUUCCUCGCCGUCCUCCGGCGGCUCUCCGGCUCCGGCGCACCUGGACGACGACGGCCUGCCGGUGGCGGUGGACGCGGUGCAGCAGCGGCUGUGGCAGAUCGAGGCCAGUUACAAACAGGAAGUGGAGGUGCUGAGGCGGCAGGUUCGACAGCUGCAGCUCAAACUGGAGAGCAAGCAGUUCUGCACACCGCCCUCCGAACCCGACGUCGACUACGAGGACGAUAUCACGUGUCUGCGUGAGUCGGACGGCAGUGACGAGGAAGACUCUCUGUCCAAUCACAGCGAGGAUGGCUUCAGCGAGGGCAGCUGGGACCGUGUGGAGAGGAAGGACACAGAGGUCACCAGAUGGGUGCCGGAUCACAUGGCUUCUCACUGCUUCAGCUGAGCUGCGACUUGUGAGUUCCUG